CUUGUGAUGUGUUUCGGCAACGUGGCACUGACCCAAAUGCAUGUUACAAAUUGCAAAAGUAUGCUAUGGAACAAGGUGAACUUGAAGACAUUCGUAAAGAAGAAAAAAAUAUGCUUUUUGGUAAAGAUGCUGGAGCUCUUGGAAAAGUGGCGAUUGAAAACAAUAUUGGCGUAUUAGAAAGUCUAAAACCAUUAAUGUCAAGAACGUUAGAUCUUUCUUCUAAACAAUAUGAUGAAUUAAAUAAAACAAUUACAAAAGAAUUAAGUGAAUUUAAUUCUUAUUAUCCUGUUAUUCGCGUUUAUGG